UCCGGCAGCACAACUCAUCGAGAGGGCGUCGCGAUCGAGGAUGGGCUGUGCCAACUCGUCGGCCCAGCGGAUCCCGGCGCAGCCAUCACAGAUGCAGCCUCCUGCACCACCGUCUGUGCCGCAACAGUCGCCGCGUCGACCAUCAGCAGGGUAUCGACGCAUGCCAUCGGACAAGAUCGCGUCGAAGCCUGGGACCGCGUACAGGUCGUCGUCGUCGUUAGAGCUUGUGCCGCCACCGCCGCCGCCGCCGCCGCCGAUGGAUGGAUUCAGCCCUGAAAGUCCUACAUGCGGAUACGGCAUUGGCUUCACCGAUCAAUACAAGCUUGGAGAAACGCUUGGCACGGGCAACUUUUCCAUCGUCCGCGAAGCCCUGCACAAACCGUCCGGCCAGCGCUACGCCAUCAAGUGCAUCAAGAAGAGCGGCCUGUCCAACGACGAGUUGGAGGCGCUGACGACCGAAGUGGCCGUGCUCAAGCAGAUGAAGCAUCCCAACAUCAUGAUCCUACACGACUUCUUCUCCGAGCCAGACUGGUAUUACCUCGUGACGGAGUACAUGGACGGCGGCGAGCUCUUCGAUCGAAUCGUCGACAAGUCGUACUACUCGGAGCGCGAAGCUCGGGACCUCAUCAAACUCCUGCUCGAGGCCAUCAAGUACUGCCACGAGUGCAAUGUCGUUCACCGUGACCUCAAACCCGAGAACCUGCUCUUGACGAGCAAGCUCGACGACGCAUCCAUCAAGCUCGCCGACUUUGGGUUUGCAAAACGGGUCGACAUGCACGACGAAGGGCUCAAGACUGCGUGCGGCACUCCUGGCUACGUGGCGCCCGAGAUCCUCAAGGGCGCCGCGUACGGCAAGUCGGUCGACAUUUGGAGCAUCGGUGUCAUCACGUUCAUCUUGCUGUGCGGGUACCCGCCAUUCCACGACGAUAACCACCAAGCGCUGUUUCGCAAGAUUCGUAAGGGCGAAUUCGCGUUUGACUCGCCGUUUUGGGACGCCAUCUCGGACGACGCCAAGCACUUUAUCAAGCAGAUGCUGGUCGUCGACAACAAAAAGCGGUACCGAUCGUCUCUCCAUGCUCGCUCGCCACGAUCUCGGUCGACAAACGUACUCACGCGAUGACGUUGUUGUGCCACAGAGCGACGGCCGCGCAGUUGCUCGAACAUCCGUGGAUAGUCGGGAGCCAGGUCUCGACGUUGCAGCUAAGCAGUGCUCUGGACGAGCUCCGGCGGUUCACGGCGCGGGACAAGUUGAAAGGAGCUGUCCGGGCGAUCAUGGCGCAGCAAAAAGCAGCCGCACGAGCGGCGUCCUAGCCAGGUUAGAGAAAGAAACCCCGCGCCACCAUCUCCACGCGGGCGGCGGCAGUGGGUACAACGUCGAUCUUUGGGUAGACACAAUCGAUCGCAACGUUGAAAGUUUCGUCAAUUGACUGGGGAGGCAGUGCAAACGCCUCAGUACAAUGCAAUCGAGAGCUUCUCUGUCGCCAGCGGCACGAGCAUGUGGUCCCGA